AUGCCUUCAGAGGAUUAUUCAUCAGAUGCCCGAAUUGGGAGCUACAGGCAGCAGGAGAGCCGUUUUGCCGGUUCUUCCUCUCACGACUGGAAGGCCGGGGUUCAGGCCAGGAGCACUGCACCCAUAGGGGCUCCAAAAAAGCCUUCAUCAGGAGGCCUUGCCGGGAUAAUAGCUGGAGAGUCGUCCAUAUGCACUGUGGCACUAGGAAGUGGCCUGAACUACCGUGGAUACAAUGUGGUGGACUUGGCCAGAGAAGCGACAUUCGAAGAGGUCGUACAUUUGCUUUUGAUGGGGGAACUGCCUACUCAAGAGCAGCUCACUGCCCUAAAACAAAAGUUAUGUGAUGCGAGGCAGUUACCACCCCAGGUCCUAGCAGUUCUUAAACUGAUUCCAAAGGAAGCACACCCAAUGGAUGUCUUGAGGACGACCUGUUCCGUCCUAGGGACCCUAGAGCCAGAGACAGCUCCUUCAGUGCAGCAAGUUGAAAUUGCCCUGCGCCUCAUUGGAGGAUUCGCCGGAGCCCUUAAUUACUGGUAUCAUUUCUCCAAUUCGGGUAAAGAGAUAUCUCUUCAGUCGAACCCAGAGGACUCGGUGGCUGUCAACUUCUUAAAACUCCUGCAUGGAGACCCCGAAUUCAAGCCGCACCCCGUCGUUGCGAAGACUCUGGACACUUCUCUUAUUCUCUACGCAGAGCAUGACUUUAAUGCAUCAACCUUUGCAUGUCGCGUAACUGCGGGGACCCGAAGCGACCUCUACAGCUGCAUUUGUUCGGGAAUUGGUACUCUGAAGGGGCCUCUACACGGAGGAGCCAACGAAGCGGCCUUGGAAAUGCUGAUGCCUUUACGUUCAGUCGACAAGGCCAAAAGACGGCUGGAAGAAGCCUUUUCUCGGCGGGAACUGGUGAUGGGUUUCGGGCACCGCAUGUACAAGAAUGGCGACCCUAGGGCCCCCCUGAUGCGGGGACUUGCUGAAGCUCUUGCAAAGGCUAAGCUACCGCACUCUGACCCCAUAAUGGUGCAGGUUGGAGCCUUCAUGGAGGAGGAAAUGCUCAAGAGGAAGAAGAUGCAUCCAAACGUCGACUUUUCUGCAGCGAUUGCCUACAAACAAUGUGGAGUGCCUAUGGCUUUCUUCACGCCCCUAUUUGCAAUCGCACGGACAGCCGGGUGGGCAGCGCACGUUUUCGAGCAGCGGGCAGUUAACCGAUUGAUACGGCCUGCUUCUCUCUACGUGGGACCCGCCCCUAGACCAUAUCUACCGAGAGAGAGAAGAGUUCCUAGCGCCAAGCUAUAG